UGUCAAAUUUGUUUUGUUUAUAACUUUUAAAUUUCUGCGUAAAAUUAAACAAAGUUGUAGAAAUUUGUGAAAAAAAAUUGAGAAAUUUAAGGAAAAACAUUAAAAAAUAUCUCUAAAAAGUAGAUGUUUAUUAAAAUAAUAGAAGUAAGCACGUGUUUUUAUAAAAGUCUGCCUUAUAGAAGGAAUCAUACCAGUUGAGCCCUUAGGAGAGGUUUAUAUAGUUCCUAAAACUGUAUAGCUAACAUACCGCCAAAAAUUUGACUAUAUUUUCUGUUGGAGAGUAGCUGCUGUUCAAAUUUGUCAGUCUUUCAUAGAUUGCGUCACCUGUUAACGGAAAGACUGAGUCCUCUGCUUUUGGAGAGAGUUUAUACUCUGCUGGCGGAUACUGUUUACUUGUCAUAGAGUAAUACCAGGCUGCUAUCUGAUAAUGGAACAAUGUAUUCCAUCUACUGGAAAAAAGCGCACACGCAGGAGAAGGAAACCUUUUGGCACUACAUUGAAAACACGCUAUACUAAGGCCUGUUUUAUAAUGUCAAAAAUUAAAGAAAACGAACGUAAAGGUACGCCUCAUGAAAUGGAUCAAAUAGAUCGUGAGAGAUGUGAAAUUAUUAUUGAGGAAUACCUUAGGUAUCAAAGAACUCAAGCAGACAUGAAAAAGAAGGAAGAGCAGAAGGGAAUAAGUCUAAAUAAGCAAAGUGAAGUGAAUAAAAUACAAACCGUCGUAAAAAAGGAAGAACCGACAAAGGUUACCGCAGUUAAGAAUGAAAUAAGUUUACAUCAGCAGAAUGAAGUGAAAAAGAUACAGUCUAUAAGAAAGAAGGAAGAGCAGACAAAGGUGGCACCGGAGAAGAGCAAAAUAAGUUUAAAUCUCCACAAUAACACAAAAAAGCCACAGUCCAACAUACAAAAGGAAGAACAGACAAAUAUGGCCCCGGACAAGAAAGGAAUAAGUUUUAAUCAAUGGCGUGAAGUAAAAUUAAAGGGAGAAAUUAGUUUAAAUUCCCAGAAUAGAGCGAAAAAGCCUCAGUCCAACAUAAAAAAGGAAGAACCGACAAAGAUGACACCGAACAAGAUAGGAAUAAGUUUAAAUCAACAGUGUGAAGUGAAACAAACUCCACCCAUAAUAAAACAGCACCAAGUGCAGAUAUCAACCUAUAAAAUUAGGAAGAAUAAUCUUUGCAUGGCUUUGGUUAACGAAAAAGAAGGUAAACUACAACCAGUAAUGGUCUCCCAAUGGCCAAUGAUUGAAAAACGUAUUAGUGAUCUUCAGUUUAAAUAUAAUUUACACAAUAAAAACGCUCCUAUACCACGCUUCAAUUCCGGUGAUAUAUAUCGUGGCUACUAUUUGAUACAGUGCCAGGAUGAGUUCUCCAAGGAGUUUCUCUGUAAUUGUAUAACACAAGUAAAAGAUGAAUUUGAAGGAUUAAGUUUAAAUGUAAUAGAGAUAUAUAAAAUACCAACAGAUAGUCCUUUUACGGCAACUUUAGGGGUAUCUCAUGAAACUUUAGCCGCUCCAAAACGACCAAAUUCUCCUCCGGUGUGGCGCAAACUAUCACAAUCCACCUCAGCUGCUGAUAAACAUCGUUAUUAUCUAGCUUCUUUGGAUCGUAUGAAAAUUUUUAAUGCAAAGCGUAAAUUAAACCAAAAUGAGAGAAGAAAUGAAAGAAAAUGUCGUCGGGCCAUUAGGAAAUAUGAACAACGUAAUGGCUUGCCACUAACACAACCCGUUAAUGGCGCUAAUGGGCCACCACAAAAAAACACACAAGGUUUUCAAUUAUCAGUUAAUUAUUUUGAAACAGAUGUCUCUCAUGAUUCAAGGCAACUAGCGGGAGAGUUUUCACAAGCCAACUGGACUGAUCAAACAAAUAACAAUAAUUUUCCUAAAGAAGAGCAAAGGUCACUAAAUUGGGGUGCUAAUAGUUCCUGGAACUCUAAAGAAAUGGAGGAUGGAAGUAAUGCACAAAUAAGCGGUAAGUCUUCUUUUAAUAGAACUGCCUUUGGAAAUAAUUAUGAAUUAGAAUUGGAAGCAUGCGGGAGGCCAGAAAGUACUUGGAAUAAUAGUGAUACAAAAACAGAGAGAUUAUUUGAAAGAAGGCAAAAAUCUAGCCUUGAGUUUGAGGAAGAAAAAAGUCCAAAUAGUUCUUGGAACUUUGAGGAAUCUACGAAAGAAAGUAAAGAUUUUAACUCGGAAAGUGUAAGGAACUUUGAUCAAGAACAAAAUUUUAGAUCACAUCAAACAGCUAAUGGUUUGUGGAAUGAUUUUAAUCCAGAAUUUGAAAGCAGAUAUGAACUGAGAGGUAAUUCUUCCACAAAUUGUCAUUCACCAAAGCCUAAAUCUAGUGCUAGAAAUAAUCUGGAAACUGAAGAAACUUGGAGGCCAAACCAAAUGGCAAAUACUAAAUGGAACUAUGACAAUGUAAAAGGAGGAGACGACUUCAAUCUAGAAACUCAAAAUUUUCCUCAACAAUUAACCUCCUCGGUUGAAAGAUCUCAAUCGAAUAGGGAAUCUAAUAAAUCACAUACUGAGACAUGGAACUAUGGCGAUGACAAAGGAGGAAGUUAUGGUUCUCCAAAUCCCCAAUUUAGUAGGGCUAACUACCAUCUAGAAAAGCAAAAUUUCCCUCAACAUUUAAGCUCUUCUGCGGAGCCAAGUUCAAGCAGAAAUAUGAUGGCAAAUAGUUCUUGGAAUAACUCCGAACCAGCAGAAAGAUCUCAAGAGAUUAAGGAACCUAAUAAAUCAAACACUGAGGAGGAAUCAGCCAAAAUCCUAUUGGAAAAACGCAUAUUUGAACUGUUAAAUGCUUUAAGUGGAGACAACAUAGAAGAGGAACACUUAAAGCUUCCAAAUAAACUUCCUAUUACCCAAAUUGAACUAAAAACUACCACAGAAAGUACUUCCCAAAUAUUAGGAAAGCGUAAGUCUGAUUUACCACCAACAGAAGUGAUAACCCUAACGGAUGAUAGCGAUCAGGAAGAGGAGGAAAAGGCCGAAAAGGAAUAUUUUAAAGCCUUAGGUUUUCUAAAGAAACUACAAGGUCGUAACCACAAAUUUUUAAGUGAACAAGAGCAAUUCUUUAAAGAAACCAGUGAAUUUAUAGUAAGACAAUAUCAAAACAAAUUUGGUUCGAAACAGGAAAAAACUAAUAAAAACCAAGGCAAACGAACAAGAUGGAACUCAACAGCAAACAAUAAUACUAUUCAACAGAUAGCCGGAGGUUCCAGCAAUAACUUAACGCAAACAAAUAACUCAGUUAAUCCUUCAGCAACAUCACUCUAUACCUCUCUUAAAACUCAACCUGAACUACAAAUUGCUAUAAUAGAUCGCCUUAAACCCGAUCUAAGUAUCGCCAAACAUUUGUGGUCCCAAAUGGAAGAAAAUCUUAUUAAAGCUUUACACUAUGAAGUUGAAAAGACAAAUAAUACCAAUAUCACCCAGUUUGACGCCAUGCACUGGAAAUAUGGCGUUAAAGUGAUACAAUGUGAAAACAUGGAAGCUUUAAAUUUCAUUAAACGUUUCAUUAUUAAACAAACCUUACAAAAUCCCCGCCAACAAUACGAUGUUAUACCCAUUAAUGAGCUGCCCAAACGUUCUAUAGUUAAAGUUUGGAUACCGCCACCAAAUGCUGAUGAUAUGGCCAUUCUAAAAAUAAUAAAGGCACAAAAUCAUACUUUAUAUACCAACUGUUGGACUCUAAUAAAUAGUCGUGAGAGAUCCAAUAGGAAUGGUAAAGAUUUAUAUAUUAGCAUUUCGGCUGCAUCGGUGGAUAGGUUGAGAUAUUGUCAAGGGAAAAUACGUUAUGGUAUAAAUCGUUUAAAAAUGGAACUGCCAGAAGAGCAGGAUUUUGGAGUGGAACAAUAAGUUGUCGUUAACAGGAGUUUUAGUUUUAUAACAUUGUAAAUAUAUCAAAUAAAAAUCUUGAAGUUUUCUCUAUAAAUAACUGGAUUAAUAUAAACUGGAAUGUUUGGAUUCUUUUUUUGCAAUUUCCAAGCUUUAAUAUGAUCCUGUGAAAUAAAUAAUAAUAUUAAUAACUUGUCUUAUUUUCCUUAUAAAAAGUUCAAACUGCUUAGAAGUUUGUAUUAGUUGUAGGAAAAACAAGUUAAACUUUAAUAAAAAAGGAAGGUAAGUUAAAAAAUAGAAAUUCAAUUAAAGU